CAUUUUAAAAAUAUUAAGUCUUUUAUUUUGGUCCCUAUCAGGAAAUGCCUACAGAGAAUGCCUGGGCAAUGGGACAUGGGCUUCCAAGAUAAACUACUCUCAGUGCGAACCUAUUCUGGAUGACAAGAGGAAGUAUGCGCUCCAUUACAAGAUUGCUCUCAUCAUAAACUACCUGGGGCACUGUAUAUCAGUAGGGGCCCUUAUAGUUGCCUUUAUGCUUUUCUUGUGCUUGAGGCCCUGGUGUCGUUGUAUUACCACUGUCUACAAUUAUUUUGUGGUGACCAAUUUCUUCUGGAUGUUUGUGGAGGGCUGCUACUUACACACUGCCAUAGUAAUGACUUACUCCACAGAUAAGCUGCGGAAAUGGGUCUUUCUCUUCAUAGGAUGGUGUAUUCCUUGCCCAAUCAUCAUUGCCUGGGCCAUUGGCAAACUAUAUUAUGAAAAUGAACAAUGCUGGUUUGGAAAAGAACCAGGAAAGUAUAUCGACUACAUAUAUCAAGGGCCAGUGAUUCUUGUUCUUCUGAUAAAUUUUGUAUUUCUAUUUAACAUAGUUAGGAUUUUAAUGACAAAACUGAGAGCUUCAACCACUUCAGAAACAAUCCAAUACAGGAAGGCAGUCAAGGCAACAUUAGUCCUUCUGCCUCUGCUAGGCAUUACCUACAUGCUCUUCUUCGUCAACCCUGGUGAAGAUGACAUUUCACAGAUUGUCUUCAUCUAUUUCAAUUCCUUCCUGCAAUCUUUUCAGGGUUUCUUUGUGUCAGUAUUUUACUGCUUCUUGAAUGGUGAGGUUCGUUCUGCUGCCAGGAAAAGAUGGCACCGUUGGCAAGACCACCACUCCCUCCGGGUCCGUGUGGCACGUGCCAUGUCUAUCCCCACAUCCCCAACACGAAUCAGCUUCCAUAGCAUCAAACAGACAGCAGCCGUGUGAUAUGCCCCACACAUACAUGCACCACCCGGUGGCCUUCAGGGUUCUCCUUUCUUCACUCUCCUCAAACCCUUUUCUUCGUAUUUUCUUCUGCACUGUGCUCUUCCGCAAUGAGAUGCCCGUCAUAUUUUGUGGACUCUCAUUCCUCAUACUCAUGAUGCUGCUUUAAGGCAACCAGACAAAAGCAUACUGGAAUGGAUGGUGGGGCAGCAGAUUCAAAGAAGAAAGAGAUUCAGCACUGAUUGUAUCUUGUGAAAGUUCACAGUACAAAAUCUGAAACAGCACAGUGCCAGGAACAAUCGAUUUUUUCUCUUUUUUUGUUCUUUUUCCUUCAUGUAUUGUGGUGAACAAAGACUAUUUUUAUCAUACUGCCCAUCUCAUCCUGUACAUUGGCUCCCAGUGAUUUCAACAGUUAGGUUUGUAAAUAGUCUAUCUUCUUGAUUCUUUGUAAAAGUUCCUUCUUUGCAGAACUGGCCUUUGAGAACAUGUGACAGCA